GUUCGUAAUGUGGAAACUUCGGUGUCAGACAGUCACAUGGAAUAAACGGUUUUCGUUCAAAUAUUGCACUAUUUCUGAACAAGAAAUAGGGGCGCAAAAAAACGGUAUCAACUGAAAACAUGUUUUCUAGGUUUUUCAACUCGGCACAAAACGCAGAAUGUUUUUAAACUUUUUUUUAUUGUUUUUGGCAGCAGAUACGUGCGGCUGUCCACUGUUUAUUUAUUUUCAUAAAUGACCUCAGGUCACUGUAUCAGAGUGGACAGUUUAUUUAUUCUUUCGACCUGAUAAAGUUAUAAUAAUGCGCAUGGCUGUCAUUCCAUGCCUCCUCUUCUAUCAAAAAUGAUUCCUGUAAAAAUUUCCUCUUUGGUUCUUAUUAGAAAACAUGGUUUAAUAUUAUUAGGCAUGAAAAAAAGGGGUUUUGGUCUUGGCAAAUGGAAUGGAUUUGGUGGUAAACUUGAAAAUGGAGAGAGUAUGCUUGAAUGUGCUAAGCGAGAGUUGCAGGAAGAGGCUGGAAUAACGGCUGAAAAUCUGCAAAAAGUUGGUUAUUUAAAGUUUGAAUUUGUGGAAGAUCCUUUGAUAAUGCACGUUCAUGUUUAUACGUCCUCGUCUUACCAAGGAGAACCUCGGGAAAGCGAUGAAAUGUUGCCAACAUGGUUUCCAGAAAAUGAAGUGCCCUUUCACAAAAUGUGGGCUGAUGACAAGUUCUGGUUUCCUUUGUUUUUUAAAGGUGCCAAAUUUAAAGGAUAUUUCAGAUUUCUAGACAUUGAAACGAUUAUUGAACAAAAGUUGGAAGAGGUCUCAAGCUUGGAUGCAUGCUGAUUUUUUUAUUUUUACGUAUAUAUUUACUCUUUUGUAUAUACAUAUCUAUCUUUACAAAGAUAUUGUAAUAUUUAACUGCAUUUCUUUCACUGUGAAUAUCAUGUAUUUUUUUAAAAAUAAAUUUUUAUAAUGAGACUUA